AGUCUCCUGGGCGCGGCGGGUUGAGUGCGGGCUGGCGGCGCCCCGGACGGCGGGCGGCACUGCGCCCUCCCUUGCUCCCAGGUCUGGUCAGGGGGGACCGAAUCGUGUCCGCACCGCCCCUGACCCACUCCACCUUCCUCCGGUUUCUGCCGGCCGCGGGCCUUGGCGGCCUGAUGCUGCAGGACCCGCGCGAGAGGCAGCAGCCGGCUUGGAGGGAGCAGCGGCGAAACCCGGCAAGCCUCUGCGGUCUUCGCUCCUGGGCCUCGGCGGAUCUUGCCAGAGAAGAAGCAGCACAGCCUCUGUCCUGGAUAAUUUGUAGUGGUACAACAAUUUCGCAGACAGCCUCCUGAAAAUUCCUGCACGCUUUCCACAGCCUUCACCUUCAGGACCAGAGGGCCGCUGGGAAACAGAUUUCUUAAAAGUGCAGGUGGGCCAGCCAUGCGAGGGUACCUCGUGGCCAUAUUCCUGAGUGCUGUCUUCCUCUACUACGUGCUGUACUGCAUAUUAUGGAGAACAGAUGUCUAUGGGGUGCCACCUGUGGACAUGAAACGGAGACAUAAGAUCCAGCCUUGCCCCUCAAAGCCAGCUUUUGCCUCUCUCCUAAGGUUCCAUCAGUUCCAUCCUUUUCUUUGUGCUGCUGACUUUAAAAAGCUUGCUUCCUUAUAUGGUAGUGAUAAGUUCGAUUUGCCCUAUGGGAUAAGAACAUCAGCGGGACAUUUUCAACUUGCUCUUUCAAAACUGCAGAGCUGUGACCUCUUCGAUGAUGAGUUUGACAAUGUGCCAUGUAAAAGGUGCGUGGUGGUUGGUAACGGAGGAGUUUUGAAGAAUAAGACAUUAGGAGAAAAAAUUGACUCCUAUGAUGUAAUAAUAAGAAUGAACGACGGUCCCAUUGUAGGACACGAAGAGGAAGUUGGGAGAAGGACAACCUUCCGACUUUUUUAUCCAGAAUCUGUUUUUUCAGAUCCCAAACACAAUGAUCCCAAUUCUACGGUGAUUCUCACGGCUUUUAAGCCACAUGAUUUAAAGUGGCUGUGGGAAUUGUUGACCGGCGGCAAAAUAAACACUAACAGUUUUUGGAAGAAACCAGCCUUAAACCUGAUCUACAAACCAUAUCAAAUCAGAAUAUUAGAUCCUUUCAUUAUCAGAACGGCAGCUUAUGAGCUGCUUAAUUUUCCAAAAGUGUUUCCCAAAAAUCAGAAGCCCCAACACCCAACAACUGGAAUUAUUGCCAUCACAUUGGCAUUUCAUAUAUGUCAUGAAGUUCACCUUGCUGGUUUUAAAUACAACUUUUCUGACCUCCAGAGUCCUUUGCACUACUAUGGGAAUGCCACCAUGUCUUUGAUGAAUAAGAGUGCAUAUCACAAUGUGACUGCAGAACAGCUCUUUUUGAAGGACAUUACAGAAAAGAACUUUGUAGUCAACUUGAUUCAAGAUUGACCCUACGGAAAGAGAAGAUAAUACUAACAGUAUAGUUUUAUUUUUAUACUGCAACUUUAUUUUUAAAUGUAUGUACUUGUCAAGAAAUGAGGUAUAGGGUCCGGCAGAAGUAAUGUCUGCUUGAGUGUGGUUGGUAGGGCGAUAUGUUGGGGACCAUAUGCGUGUAGUAAUUUAUAGUUUUAAUUUGAACAUUUCACCUAAAAUGUCAUAUGGUGUGCUUGAAGGUGAUAAUUAUAUUACAGAAUUACAUGCUUACUAUUUUGUAAUAAAAGGGGGGCGUUAUUUGUGCUGGACCCUGUACAUUAAGCUUAUUGCUGCCUGGUGAUUCAUAACCACCAGCUUAAUUUCUAUGACUAUAUUUAAUUUAUGAAAACCAAGAGAUAUUAAGAUAUCAGGGAAAGAAGUUGUAAUUGCAUUUUAAUCAAAAUAAGCUAGUUUUUUGAGGUGUUUUUAAACAUCUUUUUAGUUAUUUCAUCUUAAACUUUUGAAGGGAUGUGAUUUCCUAGUAAGUAUGGGAGUGUAAAUUCACUGCAACAAAGUGAAGUACAAGAGGAGAUACGGCUACUAAUAAAUUGGGGGAAACUGGCAUGUGGCCGAGUCUUGAUGUGGCAAACCAGAAGCACUUCAGGUCUGUAUCUGGAUGGCUGCUUAGUUUGUUUUAUUUAAGGAACCUGAUUUCAGUGUUGAACCAGCUCUGAAUACAGCAGUGUAGAUGGUAAUGGAAAUCCAAGAUCACAUGGUAUAAUUAGGCUUUUUUGUCCUGCAAUUAAGUAAACCACGAUUAUUAUGAGUAAUUAGGUAGAAGAUGGUAGUUUUUGUUUUUAAGUGGAAAUAGACUAACCAUGAAAUUCUAGAUGAGUAAAUAACCAAAGAAUGCAGUUUUUUAAAGUCUUGCAACUGCGUUAUUUCAAAGAAAUAAAGUUUAUACAAAGAAGCUGAGUUAGACACGUUCAAGGAGAAAAUCCUUAAACUUUGUGUGUUGCCUGGUUUAAUUCAUUAAGUUUAAAAAUUUACUAUUUGAAGUAAAUUAGAAAGAUGAGAAAGGCACAAGGAACCCCUUAAGAAGAAUCAAGGUAUUUUUGGAUCUAAAUGGUAUUUUCAUUUCUCAUCUUCAAAUGGAAAGCUUCCCUGGCUACUUAGGGUUCACCAGAGAAGAAUCCUACAAGUUGAGCCAGCCCUACAAAUAUGGUGAGCUGGUCUGCCUUCCCAUUUUAAUGUGUAUGACUCAAGGCUAUGGUGGGGUGGGGUGGGGGAUAAGUGGUAAAGGAGAAGGGAAGAUAACAAGUUAUAAGGUACUGGAAGAGAUACGAGUUGAACAAAUUAGUAUCACCAGGAGAUGCUGAUGUUACUGAAAACCAACCAGCCUCUCUGAAGAAAGUGUAUAAAGGGUGAAAUAUUAGACCAGAAACAGGAAUAAAUGAAGUACUGACAAAGCGGGGUAAAGGAAGAAAGUCAGUAGUUGAUUUAAGCCAGGUCCAGACAUUAAAUGGGGAUGACAUUCUGUUAGUAGCAUACAUUUGCACGGUACCAGUUUCAUGUGAUUCUCCUAGUAACUCUGCGGUGGGAAAGGCUGGCACUAGACUGGAGUCCACGUGUUAGUGUGACCUUUCCCUCCUACCACACCGCCCAGCCAGAGGCUGCAGCUUGGCUGUUGAAGUUCAGUUUGAUGUGAAGUAAUUCCAGCUUCGGCAAGAAUACUGCUGCCUACAGAAAAAGUCAAAGUCAAAAACCAAUGGUGGCAUUUCUAGAUGUUACUGUGUGUACUAUAAUACUAGCCAUAAAAAUUUUUGACUGAUGUUAAAACUGAGGAAUCUGGCAUUUUGUGUAGUGUAAGGAAGGGUAUAAAUCGCAAGGUGGUUUUAGUUAAGCCUAAAAAAAAAAUCUGAGCAAGACACAUAUAUACAAUUUAUUAAAACACAUGAACACAUUCAAAUCUCACUGUUUAUACAGUCUAAACUCUAGCAACAUAUACAAAUACUGAGUGACUACAGUACAUGCCGAGGUAAGAAAAGUACAUUCUGGGAGAAUAUCACUGACACUCAAGCCAUUUUUAUUUCCAAUACGUAUUUCAAUAUGUUUUGUUUCCACCAUUCCUAGUGCCAAACAAAUGGAACAAAAAAGAGAAGAAACUAGUCACAAGUUGGAUUAAAUGAGAACUGGGGCCACAUAUGACCUAAAAAGUAUUUUAACAACCAUCCAACUCUUAGAUUUUGCAGUUUAUGGACUUCCAGUUCAGAACUGAAAGGCAGAGCUAAUAGGUAACUUUCAGGUAGAGCUUCACUGAUUUUCACCGAUAUCUCUUAAAGUCUGAAAAGCAUAAUCUGUUAGUUCUUUCUAAUCGUGUCAUCUGACAUGGUGCUGCUAUAGCCCAUUUGUUCUCCAGAUGACAAGGUGGAGCCAAGGCAGUAAGUUCAGGCUUUAUCACUUCCCAUGGAAUUUUAGCCACAUAAAUAUUAGAUGAGCUCAUUUUCUGCCCCUCCCCCUGUGGGGGCAAGGGCAAGUACACACACGACGUGUUUUCAGUUACUAUAUAAUUUCUCUACCAGAACCAUUUCAUCAGUGAACUAAAACCAUUGUUCAAUGCAAAGUGCAAACAGUGAGACAUGAACUUAAAUAACUGGACUAGACCCUGCAUACAAAAGGGUCUAUUUGGAUUUAUAGCUUUCAAUAAAAUAUAAUCGGCAUCCACAAUACCUUAUCUUCAACUGCUGGUUCCUCAGAUCAAGGAACAGUGAAGUCAGUGUAAUUUUAUGAAACAUGUAAUGGCCAAACUCGUUGCACUAUUGUCUGGUUCUAUUUUUAUAGCUGUAUUAACAGGAAAAAACAUUUAACUCAAUAAACCACAGUGACUUAAGUCUUUUACAUGUUUCAAGCAAAGAAUAAAAAUUCAAGGAAAUUUUGUAAAGAAUGGUUGCUUUCACAUUUUCAGUUGUUACUUGAUUGUCUCCAAAGCUGUGUGUAUAUAUAUAUAUAUAUAAAUGUAGUUAAA